UGAGUCGACGUUCAACCAAUCAUUAAAAACACUCUUUUCUGUUUUGGUAUCUCUAAUAAUGCAAUUUGCGAUAUAGAAUAUGAAUUCAGAAAAGUUGCGUUUGGUAUAUUGUGUAGUAAUUAUUCUCGCACAGUUACUAGAAUGUGAGAAUAGUGAAGUAUGUGUUGAAACAUCUGAGCAAGGUAAAAAUGAUCCUUAUCAUGUGAAACCGUUGGACCCUAAUUGCGCAAACAAACCCAAAAGACAGUCUUAUGAUUACCAACUACGUAGAGAAACAUCAAAAACUCCACAAUCGCCACCGCAAGACGACGAUGAAAAAUAUCAUGACACUAGAAUACUUUCGGAGAGAUUGAGUCGAAUAUCAGCUGUCGAGGAGACUGCGGAAUAUUGGAAUGAACAAGCACAGAAUACUUUAAAAGAUGCUUUGAAUAAGGAAAACUUGAAUACUAAUGUUGCCAAAAACACAAUUAUAUAUCUUGGCGAUGGAAUGGGCCUUCAGAGCGUUACUGCAGGUAGAAUCAUGAAAGGACAACUGAAAGGACAAUCAGGCGAGGAGAGCAAACUAGCUAUGGAAUCACUCCCUCACUUUGCACUGUCAAAGACUUACAACGUAGAUUACCAAGUUCCUGAUUCCGCUGCAACUGCAACAGCAUUUUUAUGUGGAGUAAAAACGAGAUAUUACACAGUUGGUGUCAAUGCUGCAACAAGAUAUGGUGAUUGUGCAUCUUCAAAAGGAAACGAAUUGGAAUCUGUUCUUAAAGAGGCCAAGAAAGCAGGAAAAUCGACUGGAAUAGUUACGACCACAUACGUUGUCCACGCUACACCUGCUGCCGCAUUUGCAAGUUCAGCCAGUAGAACAUGGUAUUCCGAUUCGGAUCUUCCAGAGGAAGCCAAAACUAAUGAUUGCAAGGAUAUCGCUCAUCAACUGUACGACAAUCUUCCAUAUAUCGAUGUCGUAUUAGGCGGAGGACGGAGAUACUUCAGACCAAACACAGUAGAAGAUGAAGAUUAUCCUGGGAAUCAUUAUGAAAGAGCCGAUGGACAAGAUUUUAUUAAACAAUGGCAAAUGAAUGUAGAAGCAUCACAAGAGAAUGCUAUGUAUGUACACAACAAACAGCAGUUCGAUAAAGUUCCUGAUUAUAUUGACCAUUUGUGGGGAAUGUUUGCUCCUGGCAGCAUGGAUUAUGAGGCCGAUCGAGAUCCCACCAUGCAACCAAGUCUUGCUGAAAUGACAAGGAAAGCCAUUGAAAUUUUACAGAAAAAUCCAAAUGGGUUUUACUUGUUGGUGGAAGGUGCUCGAAUAGAUCAUUCUCAUCACGGUGGAAACGCUUAUAGAUCCCUGCGAGAUGUCGUUGCGUUUGAUGAUGCCAUUGAAGUUGGCUUGUCUAUGACAUCAGUAGAAGACACACUCUCUGUUGUCACUGCAGAUCAUAGUCAUACUUUCAACAUGGGAGAAUAUUCUGUUCGUGGAAAUCCAAUUACAGGUCUUGCACCUUCAAACGAGGAGCCAGAUGUAGCAUUAGAUUUGAAACAAUAUACUGCUCUUUCAUACGGAAACGGACCGGGGUAUCAGGGAAGCACAACUGUUGAUUAUAACGACAUCGUUCGUGAAAACGUGACAGUUGAGCUGACGGAGAACAUAUACUACGAACAACAAACUGCUGUACCUCUGGGUAGUGAAUCUCACGGAGGUGAAGACGUUGGUAUAUUUGCAACAGGUCCUAUGGCCCAUCUGUUUCACGGAGUUCACGAACAAAAUUAUAUUGCCCAUGUCAUGAGAUACGCUGCUUGCCUGGGAGAAAACCAAGAUCAUUGCUUGGACAGAGAAAUAGUUGUUACCGAACCUCCAGAAGAAGAUACGAUCGAAUUUCUGGGAAACCAGAUGACAAAAGCGGACACGGAAGCAGCUUUAUAUUCUCUGUUUGCUUUGGAAUUAGUUUUUUCCAUCGCAAUUAUCGGACUUUGUGGAGUAUUGAUUCACAAAAAGAAAUUGUAGAAAUGUGCUGUGUUGUUUACUGUUCGACUUUUCUGUUUAUUUUAUGCAAUUUCCGAUUUAUUAUAUGUAAUUUCCAUAUCUCUCUAAUUUACCUCAGAUGGCGUCAGCUAUGCCACUAGCUAUAAAUUUUGAAACGGUAACUGAUUUUAGUUCUCCUGACACUCUUACAGACUUUCGCACCAAUACAAGUUUUCUGCGUUAGAAUAUCAAAUAUAAAUAUAAUAUUUCAAACUAAUGUUGUCAAUAAAUGAAAUAGGUCUUUGAAUACAAGAUUUAAUGAAACAAAACUUUUGGUAUUGUGCAGUAGAAGAGAAUAUAUUAGGAGAUUAGGUUACGUGGAGGUACUGUUUAAUCUCAGUUUUACUGAAUAUACUACACGGCGAAGUAAAUCCAUUUUAUUUUUACCUAAUCGAUUUUCAAAUUAAUCCAAAUAAAGAAACUUAUAACAAAGCAAUUGCAGUUUGUUUAAUGCACAAUCGCCUUCUAUCGAUAAAUUGCGGAUAAACUGAAGCACCACUCAUCAGUGACUCGGU